GCUGGGGUUACAGGUGUGGGCCACCUCUCCGGGCUUUUCAAAUCAAUGUGGUUGUUUCCCUAGCGUAGCUCAGUGCUCGGUAUCAUUCCACCACUGUCCUGUGAGGGGCCAAAAUGCCAGCCUGUGCCGGGCCCUGCGCAGUCAGCAGCUUUCCGAGCCCUUUCCCGGCUGGACGGCUGCAUGGAUGACCGGCAUUGCUGUCCAUAGGCUCCACACAGAGCCAGCCUAGUUUCCCCAGCAGUCACCCCUUCCUCACACCCCAGGCUGUCACUUGAUUUUCCUAAAAAUCUCCCCCUUGCCCGUGAAGUGGUCAGGUUGUCUCUUUUGUCCUUGGGCGACACCAGCGCUCUUUCCCAGCCACCCUCCAGCGCUGAACCUUGAAUUGAUACAGUGGGUGUGACUCUCAGGAAGUUGCUCAUUAUUUGCCAUUAGUGCCUCGGAGUGCGUGCCUUCCCAUUAUCCCAUAUCUUUCCAUAUUCAUAGUCCUUCCUUCUCUCACUUCUCCCUCCCUUUCCCCUUCCUCCUUUCUUCCCUCUCUCCGGGGGAACUGGUUCAACCAGAGUACAACCUGGUCUUCUACCUCUGGCGCUGGAGCAGCUACAGGAGCUGGGACGUGCCGAGCAGCAGAGCUGAGGCUAGGGAGGCCAGGCUGGCGCACUGCGGGGCGCCGAGGACGAGCAGUCGGCCCGGCCGCCUCCCGGAGGCCCAUGCGGGGCCGGUACAGCCCGCUGUCCGUUCAUGAGGCCGCCGUGGUGCGGGAGGAGGACCCGCGGCAUCCCGCUGGGGCUGCUCGCGCUCUGGGUGGCCGCCGCCCGCUGUCUGCAGAAUUCAAAUGUGUGCCUACAGGUCAUGGGGUGUCACUGUACAUCCCCCGGUCAGCCAUCAAUGCCACGGUCCAGGAAGACAUCCUGCUCUCGGUGGAGUACUCCUGCCAUGGAGUGCCCACAAUCGAAUGGAAGUACACAUCAAACUGGGGUGAGCAGAAGAUCGUGGAGUGGAAGCCGGGGACCCCAGCCAAUGUCUCCCAAAGCCACACAAACAGAGUCUGCACCUUCGACAAUGGGUCCAUCCAGCUCUUUGGUGUGGGCGUGAGGGACUCUGGCUACUACAUCAUCACUGUCACGGAGCACCUGGGGAGCAAACAGUUCGGCACGAUCAUGCUGCAUGUGUCUGAGAUCCGCUAUGAAGACCUCCACUUUGUCGCUGUCUUCUUUGCUCUGCUGGCCGCUGUGGCUGUGGUGCUCAUCAGCUUCAUGUGGGUCUGCAACCAGUGUGCACACAAAUUCCAGAGGAAGAGGAGACACAAGCUCAGAGAAAGCACCACCGAGGAGCUUGAAAUGAAAGAUGCUGAGUGUUAGCCAAGACUGUGCCCAAUUACACUGCUACCUCAAGAGAAAAACAGUAUUUUCCAGUUUGAGGAACAGACCGAGGCAAUCUUCGCCGCAGCCUCUGGCCAUCCUUUUCUGACAGAGACAGCUGCAAGAUCAGAAAGCUGUUGGAGGAGCCUGAGGUGGCGCCUCACUAUAGGAAGCCUCUCUAGAACUUGCAUGUAGGAACAGAUCAACUGAGACUUUCGGCCAGAAACUUUUCUCACUUGCAGCUUCAGGGCCUUGCUGAUCCUUAACCAGUGACACCAGCAGGCACCAGAAGCUGCUUGCAGUACUGGCUCUGAUCCCACGCUGGCAUGAUGGAGGAGUCCCCCUCUCCAGGGCCAGAGUGUCUGCAGAGAGGCUCAUGCAGCCAGCAUCCAGCAUUGGGACCGUGCUCUCUGUGUCUGCCCGCAAACUGCUGCAGCCUCGUCUCCACCUUCAGUUACAUACACACGACUGUGCAGACAGUGUGAGCAAGCCUGAGGCUCUGAGCCGGUCUCAUGAGGUCGAGAGCUGCACCUCAGGAAGCCCAACUGAGUACACCGGGGAAGCAGAAGAUUGCGUUCCCAUCCUCCCUCACACAAAAUUAAUCAGGCGGCCUAACCUUGGGUUUAGUGAGAGGAAGAUGUGACUUGUGUUGACCAAGGCAGCUGGAUGGGCGGUACAACAGGAAACUACUGUAAGGUCAGGCUUCAUUCAGUUUCAUCCUAUCCGGUCACUAACACUCGACCUCCAGUCAGAUCCCAGGCUGAAGAUGUGGCCACGCCUACCUCACAGGGCAUGAGGAGAAGCCACCAUUAGGCUACAUGUCUCGGAGCGAUUAAGAAAAGCAUGAGAGGGCUGGAGAGAUGGCUCAGUGGUUAAGAGCAUUGCCUGCUCUUCCAAAGGUCCUGAGUUCAAUUCCCCGGCAACCACAUGGUGGCUUACAACCAUCUGUAGUGAGGUCUGGUGCCCUCUUCUGGUCUGCAGUCAUACACACAAGCAGAAUAUUGUAUAAGUAAUAAAUAAAAAAUAUUAAAAAAAGAAAAGCAUGAGAAUCCCUGAAGCAUCUGGAAAGCUAUGUGGGAAAGUGCUGUAUUGAGAAGCAGCGAUCUAAGGUGCCCUGGGAUGGAGCCAGAGAGAAGGUUCAGCACUAAGCGCCCUUGCUGCUCUCACAGAGGACCCAGAUUCAGUUCCGAGCGCCCACACGGUGGCUCAUAACCUUCUGUAACUCCAGUCCCAGGGGAUCUGAUGCUCUCUUCUGGUCUCCAUGCAUGCACAUGGUGUACACAUAUACAUAAAUAAAAUUUAAAAAAAAUUUUUUUUUCACUGACCUGGGUUAUCAGGGCUGCAGCUGAGCUGUGGGUUAGUUGGAUGGUCUCGGGUCUCUUCUGAGCCUCCAUUCACCAGGCUACAGCAGCAGGCAGCGCCCCCUUCUGAGCCUCCAUUCGCCAGGCUACAGCAGCAGGCAACGCCCCCUUCUGAGCCUCCAUUCGCCAGGCUACAGCAGCAGGCAGUGCCCCCUUCUGAGCCUCCAUUCGCCAGGCUACAGCAGCAGGCAGUGCCCCCUUCUCGCUUCAGUAGCCACAGCAGAUUAAAGCUCCGGCUCCGCGAUGAAGUGAAGGCCCUUGGCCGCAGCCAUGCAUACAAAGAUAAAAUGUGCUACAACAUUCCUUUUAUUCUCCCUCCUUUCGGGUCUCCAGUGCCCAUAUCUUACCUCCCAUGCGGCAGGUAAGGAAUUGUUGCUAAAAGUUCUUUCCUUGGGGAGAUAUAAACAUUGACUUCCUCUCCUCUUAAGUCCCAAAAACCAAGGUAGAGUGCCACCAAAGUUAACCCAGGAACCAAUGGACGUGUUAGGUGUCUUACAGAGCAGGGGAUGAGGGGAUGAGGGCAGAGGUGGCCUUAGAACAACAGUCUGCACGGGGGCAACGGGACUUCCCGGGAUUGCUUCAAUGAAGCUUUUCUCCUGUACGCUCUCGCCUCUCCCCACAAGACCACGUGCCAAGGGGCAGAGCUGCCUACAACUGGUUGGGAGGGGUGGUUUGAUACUCAAGGGAGGGUCCCAAGAUGUUUCCCGCCCCCUCCUCUGAGGGAGGGAAAGCAGGCAGAACUCCUAAAGAUGGAGGAUAGUCCUGUACAAUGGGAGUUACCCGCGUAGCCAUUGAGAGACCUCUCCUCAGAGCUAGAGGACCGGGGCUGUGUUCCGACAGGAGCUUACAGCAGGCUAGAGGGGGCUCAGGCAGCGGCAGUGGAGCAGCCGGAGUGCACCUGACUCAGAGGCGCUCACCCCUGCCACUUCCUGUACACAGGUCCAGACACCCACACCUGUGCCCCGUUUCCUAGCAGCAGGCUGAGGAAGAAGACACUGGACCAGGGCAGUUUCCACACGGUCCACUGGAGAACAGGAGACACGAGGAAACAUGCCUCUCAGAAGCCUGCCGUUCUCCGCUGUGGGAGCUUGUGGUGUCCGACACCCCUGGCUGGGAGUCAGGGCUUAAGCCUCAAGACCAGAGAGAAAUGGAGGUGGAGCCCAAGAAGCCUUCCAUGUGCAAAGCAUUUGCAAAUCAAUGGUCCUGGGAGAAUCUCAUGGAGCCAUUUUCUCCGCUGCCCUAUUCGGAAAGGGGCUUUCCUGUGCACUCCCAAAGCCACUUCCUUUUUAAAUUCUAGGGUCUGAAGUUUUGUCUUCUUUUGCUUUUCCUAAAGAAAAUAUUAA